GGUAGUGCGUCCCGCCCCGUCCCGCCCCUCGCCGCCGCGGGCAGCGCCGCCCCCGUCGGUGCCCGGUUCGCGGUUCCCGGUGGCCCGGGAUGGCCCCGCCGGCGCUGCUGCCCGCCGCCUGCCUGGCCUGCACCCUCGCCAUGUUCGGGACCGGCCUGUCCGACCUCCGCCAGAUGUUCACAACCAAGAGCGUGGAGAACAUCCAGUUCCUGCCCUUCCUCACCACCGACGUCAACAACCUGAGCUGGCUGGGCUACGGCGUCCUGAAGCAGGACUGGACGCUCAUCGCCGUCAACACCGCGGGGGCCACGCUGCAGACCCUCUACAUCCUGGUGUAUCUCUACUACAGCCCCGCCAAGCGCCCGGUGCUGCUGCGGAGCCUGUUGCUCCUGGCCGUGCUGGCCGCCGGCUACGGCUACUUCACCCUCCUGAUCGAGGACGCGCGGACGCGCCUGGCGCGCUUGGGGCUGUUCUGCAGCGUCUUCACCAUCAGCAUGUACCUCUCGCCGCUGGCUGACCUGGCCAAGAUUGUUCGGAGCAGGUCGACGCGCUGCCUGUCCUUCCCGCUGACCGUCACCACCUUCCUGGCCUCCACCAGCUGGACGCUGUACGGCUUGCAGCUCCACGACCCCUACAUCACGGUCCCCAACGUGCCGGGGAUUGUCACCAGCGCCGUGCGGUUCUGGCUUUUCUGGCGGUACCCGCCGGGGCAGGACAAGCCCUACCGAGCCCUGCACGCCUGAGGGGACCCCCAGGACCCCCGGGAACGAGCCCCCGCGCUCACGGACUGAUGAAGGACCCCCCGGUUCCCCCUGUCCCUCGCCAGUCUCCGGGUGACACCGCGGCGCUGCUGUCUCCUCCCGCCUCUGCCGCCGCGGUUCGCCCUCAUCGCCGUCCCUCCGGCUCUUGGGCUUUCGGUGAUGGUUGGUUUGGUCUCAGCGAUGCCUUUGGGGUGGCGGGUUCCCCCCCUCCAUCCCCUGUCACCCUGCGUGUCCCCAGUGUCCCCUGGACGGUCUUCCAUGCCCCAGCGCCGGGCUGGGGCUGCUGGGCAGCCCUGUGUCGCUUUUAUACAGAUUUAAGUGCCUUUUAAUAAAUCAGAGACUCUUCCCA